AUGUCGUCGCUCAUCACCACCAUCCAAUCCAAACUGGGCUACUCGUCCAAGAAGGCUCUCCUUCUGGGGGCUGGGUUCGUCACGAAGCCCACUGUUCAGAUCCUCGCCGAUGCAGGUGUCGAAGUCACAGUCGUCGGUGAAAUCACCACUGCAGCGUGCCGAACACUCGAGAGCGCAAAGAAGCUCUGCGAAGGCAUCAAAAACACCAAACCGGUCUCGCUGGACGUGUCCAAGGACGCCGAUCUCGACGCGGCGGUCGAACAGAGCGACCUGGUCAUCUCCCUGAUCCCAUACACCUUCCACGCGACCGUCAUCAAGUCCGCGAUCCGCAAGAAGAAGAACGUCGUGACGACGAGCUACGUGUCGGACGCCAUGAAGGAGCUGGAGCCGCAGGUCCUCGAGGCGGGCAUCACGGUCAUGAACGAGAUCGGGCUGGACCCGGGCAUCGACCACCUCUACGCCGUCAAGACGAUCGAGGAGGUGCACCGGGCCGGGGGAAAGAUCAAGUCGUUCCUGUCGUACUGCGGCGGCCUGCCGGCGCCCGAGGCGAGCGACAACCCGCUGGGGUACAAGUUCUCGUGGUCGAGCCGGGGCGUGCUGCUCGCGCUCCGCAACGCCGCGCGCUUCUACGAGGGCGGCAGCGUCAAGGACAUCGCCGGCCCGGACCUGAUGGCCAGCGCGAAGCCGUACUUCAUCUACCCCGGCUUCGCCUUCGUGGCAUACCCCAACCGCGACUCGACCCCUUACCGACAGCGCUACGGCAUCCCGGAGGCCGACACCGUCAUCCGCGGCACCCUGCGCUACCAGGGCUUCCCGGAGUUCGUCAAGGUGCUCGUCGACAUCGGAUUCCUGUCGGACGAGGAGCAGCCGUACCUCAAGCCGCCGUCGUCGUCCGACAAGAAGCCCAUCUCGUGGGCCGAGGCCACCCAGAAGAUCAUCGGCUCCUCGACCAACAAGGAGGCGGACCUGGCCUGGGCCAUCCAGUCGAAGACGAAGUUCACCGACACGGCCGCGAAGCAGCGCAUCAUCUCCGGCAUCAAGUGGCUGGGCCUGUUCUCCGACACCCCCAUCACCCCGCGCGGCAACCCGCUGGACACCCUGUGCGCCACCCUGGAGGAGAAGAUGCAGUACGAGGAAGGCGAGCGCGACAUGGUCAUGCUGCAGCACAAGUUCGAGAUCGAGCACAAGGACGGCUCCACCGAGACGAGAACCAGCACCCUCGUCGACUACGGCGACCCCAAGGGCUACAGCUCGAUGGCCAAGCUGGUCGGUGUCCCCUGCGGCCUUGCGUGCUUGAUGGUCCUGGAUGGAAGGAUCAGCAAGAAGGGCGUCUUGGCCCCUGUCACUUGGGAUCUCGCCGAGCCUUUGCUCACCGAGUUGAAGGACAAGUACGGCAUCUUCUUGACCGAGAAGACCAUCGAAUAG